AUGUAUUUUGCAAUACAUCAGCAUGGAAGAAGGAAAAUUUCUGGGCUUCAUAGUCACAAGAGAGGGCUUCAAAGUAAACCCAGAAAAUGUAAGGCUAUCCAGCAAAUGCCCUCACCCGCAACAAUAAAAGAAAUGCAAAGACUCACCGGACGCUUAGCAGCCUUGAACAGAUUCUUGGCUAAUCAUGCGGCUAAAUCUUAUCCAUUUAUCAGUACGCUACGAAACUGCGGGAAGAAAACCCCCUUUCAAUGGACACCUGAAUCAGAAGCAGCAUUCAAACAAAUGAAAGAAUGUUUAAUUCAGCUACCAAUGUUGACUGCGCCAAAAGAAAAAGAGCCACUAAUCUUAUACCUAUCAGCCGCGGAAGUAGCAGUAUUAAUGGUGGAACGAGAAAACGUCCAGACUCCAAUUUACUAUAUCAGCAAAAUGCUCACCGGCCCAGAAACUCGUUACUCGAUGAUAGAGAAAUUGGUUCUAGCACUAGUGCACGCAUCCCGACGUUUGCGCAGGAUACAAUAUCUUCUACAAGCCAAACCAGCAAUCAAAGGGCAAGUUCUAGCAGACUUCGCUACUGAAGUGCCCAUCGAUAAAGUACAAGAAUGCGAGGCAAUCCAGAACCCUACACCUGUUUUCAACGACAGAGUCUGGACCUUACACACAGAUGGCGCUUCCAAUGAUGACGGAGCAGGAGCAGGCCUCCGAUUGGUCAGUCCGGACAAUCACGAGCUCACAUAUGCCAUACGCUUAGACUUCCAAAGUACCAACAAUGAAGCAGAAUACGAAGCAUUCUUAGCAGGCCUUCGUCUAGUGCUCAAAAUGGGGGCAAGAAACCUUGAGGCCAACGUUGAUUCAAAACUAGUAGCCGAGCAAGUUAAUGGUCACUACGAUGCAAAAGGAGAAGCUAUGGCAUUAUAUCUUGAACAAGCACGGAUGUUAAUCAGCCAAUUCCAGACAUUCAGGGUUAACCAUAUAAAUAGAAGCGAAAAUAAGCACGCAGACGCGCUUAGCAAAUUGGCCGCUACCAGCUUCAAGCACUUAGCAAAAGAAGUGCGCAUAGAGGUACUGUCUAAUCCAUCGAUCCAUCUCAAGCAAGUAAACAUUAUAGAGGUCGGUAACCCAUCCUGGAUGUCUCCGAUCAUCUUAUACCUACAACACGGGAAACUUCCGGAAGGAAAAGCAGAAGCCCGAAAACUCCAACACAAAGUGAUAAAUUACGAAAUGGCGGAUGACGUCCUUUACCGAAAGUCAUUCAUGGGACCAUUAUUACGUUAUGUCGAUAAAACAGAUGCUCAAUACCUGGUCAGAGAAAUCCAUGGAGGUUUAUGUGGAAUACACGCGGGACCGCGCAUGGUCGUGGCAAAAAUAAUGAACGCCGGAUACUACUGGCCAGAAAUGCAUAUGGACGCAGUUGAUUUAUUAAGAAGAUGCGCAGCCUGUCAACGCCAUGCACCAAAGACACUCCGACCAAAAAAUCCGCUAGUACCUGUCACAUCCGCCUGGCCAUUCCAACAAUGGGGCAUCGAUCUUGUUGGCCCAUUUCCAGUUGUCUAA